AUGGAAAGAGCUGAAAGAAUCAUUGAGGCAAGCGAGGUGUGCAAGGCACCCUUAGCUAAGGACAAGGGGAAAAUAAAGCACGAAAACAACUACCAUGAGAACAGUAACAGAAAGCCGAGAAAGGCUGAGAGUGAUGAUGAAGGACUUGGAUAUAAUGCUGAUAGGCGUGAGAUCUACAUGGACAUACAGAACAAGGCUCUCCUCCCCAAGCCGAAUCCAAUGAACACGAUGAUAAAUCAAAGGAAAAAAAACUCUGGUGCGAGAACUGUUUAUAUGCAUCAACCUCCGGGUUUUCUUGAUCAGAGAGCUCCCUUUCAUGUCUGUCAACUUCGCAAGGCUCUCUAUGGUUUGAAGCAAGCUCCCAGAGCUUGGUACCAACGCUUUGCAAAUUUUCUCAUUAAGUUGGUUUUUGUCCUCGCUAAGAGUGACACCUCUCUCUUUAAUUUCAGGCAGGGUGAUGAUAUGGCAUAUUUGCUUCUAUAUGUUGAUGAUAUUAUAUUAGCUACCUCAUCUGACAGGUUGUGUGCAGGGAUAAUAUCUCAGUUACAAACUGAGUUUCCUAUGAAUGAUUUGGGUCCUCUGAGUUAUUUUUUAGGGAUUGCAGUGACUCGCACUCCUUCUUAUUUGCUACUUUCGCGGGAAAAGUAUGCACAGGAGAUUUUAGAGCGUGCAAGUAUAGGCUCAUGUAAACCUGCAGCUACUCCAAUUUACACUAAGUCAAAACUUAGUGCAGAUGCAGGAAGAUCGUUUCGGGAUCCUACAUUGUAUCGCAAUUUAGCAGGUGCUCUUCAGUAUCUCACCUUCACUAGGCCAGAUAUUGCCUAUGCGGUACAACAGGUGUGUCUUUUUAUGCAUGAUCCCCGGGAACCUCACUAUGAGGCAUUGAAACGCAUUCUGCAUUAUGUUCAGGGUACCAUUGAUCACGACUUACAUUUAUAUCUGACUGUUUCUCAUCGACUUAUUACCUACACUGAUGCUGACUGGGGAGGUUGUCCCGAUACCCGACGUUCCACAUCGGGCUAUUGUUGUUUUCUUGGGGACAACCUCGUGUCUUGGUCAUCUAAGCGUCAGCAUACUCUGUCUUAG